AUGCAACCCCCACUCUUCAAUUUGAGCGUUGCGCCUGUCAUGGACCACACCGCCGUUGCCGUUGCUGCCAUCCUGGAAGGCGAUAACUCGACGCGGUGCGAGGCCUGCAAGUCUUGCGGAGCGAUUCUUGAGCUGGACGGGUGCGGACAUCGGUUCCAUCCGCGCUGCAUCUUCGCGUGGCCGGCGACGCACUGCGAGGUAUGCGACGAGCCCGUGGGCAACGUGCUCGUAUUCCGCGAGACCAAGAACAGCUCGAACUCGAAUGCGCGCAAGGGCAAGUGGAGUAUAGAUGAGCACAAGUACGCCAACCUCUUGAUGAAGCAAUUCAAGCUGGGCGCUCUGCCGCUCGCGGACGGCUUGCAUCUACGUGUGUUCAUGGCCAACAUGCUGCAGUGCGACCCGCUACGUGUGACCAAAAAGUAUACGGGUCAGGCCAUCGGCAAACAGAACUUCUUCUACCAACGUGGAAAGAACUACUGCUAUAAUUUGCACGUGAAACUCCAGAAACAGUUUUCCAACCUACGCAACCACUACUACUGGCAUGUCCAAUACCGCUGCAAAUUCGGGCCCAACCUUAACAUUCAGGAGCUUAAAGCUGCUGAGGCGGACUACUGGAUCGGCGAGUUCUGCAAGUUCGCCAAGAGAAUUGGGCAGAAAGUCAAAUUUACCUUUGUGGGAGCCCAAGCCUCUUUGAGUGAGGGCAAGAGCGCCAUCGCUCAGCGUCCAGCCUUAGAGGUUACCCCCAAGUCAGUCGUGCUGCCCUCGGUCUCCGGCCUCGUCACGCUUGUGCCCGUCGUGAAACUCGAGCACAACACGACAUCAGUCGAGAAAGGAGGAGAGGACGACAACGCACCGUCCAUGAAGGAUGGAGUCAGCUUAAUGCUGGGGUUUGCGUCAACGAUGGAUCAAUCACCUUCUCCUUUAGGUGCAGACGAGUGGAACCACCCAUCCGCCUCUAUGGAUCUGACUCUGACUGGCCUAUCGCAAGAAGAGUUGUCCAGUGGAGACUUCACAUUCAAGCCAUGCACUCAAGAGAUCCUGAAGAAGUGCCACUGGAUGAACGACUGGAUGAAGGAAGCAGAACUCGAAUGGAGCAAGGGUGCUAUCUCCUGGUCGCUGUCUCUUUCCACCGAGCCACUAGCAGACUUUGCGUAG